AUGUCUCUCACCUCUCUGCUCUUGGCCGAGCUUCUGCUCUUCACCACAGUAACAGCCUCACACUUCUUUGGCAGCUUGAUGACCUUCAACCCAAGAAGGAAUCAUGAUGGAUUAUACAAGGUGGAACUUAGCUUCAAGGCGACCUACCAUUCCUGUUAUGAGUAUGAUUACUGGCCGUGCAGCUCUGGAGACUGUGGAAAUGAUGCCAGUACUGUGAUUGGUCAAGUAGAUUCGAGUCUGAAUGGCAACAACUGGUGUCAGUCUGAGGGAGUGAUAACAAAGAUGCUUUCCACCAACAGCCCAUUCCAGCUCCUCAUUCCCACUUACAACAACCUCUACAACACGUGCAUCAACCACUACAACACAUUCAACAACACCUACAACAACUCGUACAACAACAACCACUACAACACGUUCAACAACAACCACUACAACACGUUCAACAACAACCACUACAACACGUUCAACAACACCUACAACAACUACUACAACAAACACGACAACACCGUCAACAACCACAACGACAACCACUAUGCCACCAUCAACAACCUCAACACUUACAACAACCACUGUGUUACCAACAACAACCACUACAAUAACCACCACAUCACUGAUGACAACCACUACACUACCAGCAACCACAACAAUGCCUACAACAACCACAACAUUACCAACAACAACCACAACAACACCUAUAGAAACCAUUACAUUACCAAUGACAAGCAAUACGUCACCGAAACCAACCACAACAACACCUUUGACAACCACGUUGAUGGUCCAGCACCAUCUUGCACUGAGGGAGAAUAUCUACCCCGGUUCCUUCACCCAACACCACAUCAUGGAGAACACCUGCAGGCUCGUGUGAAUGAAGAGCUUGAAAUCAGAGUGAAAGCUUUUGCAUCUUUUUCUAGAAUCAUUGAUGUCAUCAUUAGUGGACCACUGAACAGCACAAAGUACAAAACCACCACUGGGGAAUAUGUGAUCUACUGGACACCAACUGCAGAUAACUAUGGACAACACUUUCCAUUUUGUUUCAUUGCAGAAGGACAAUACGGGUUUGAUAUUUACCACUCUGAGAUGAGAUGCGUUGUUGCAAAGGUGAAUGCUGAAGGACCGGUGGCACAUGUAACCUGCACUCAAAACUCAAUGUCAGUGACAAUUGAGAGAUCCUCCAUUAAAAACCUCCAUGGUGACCACUUAAGACUGAUAAAUCCGUCUUGUCGGGUUUACACCAACAGUACCUACGUGUUCACCAACACACUUCUAAAUGAAUGUGGUACUCAGAUUGAAGAGAACAAUAAUGAACUCUUCAAGAAUAAAAUCAUUACAUUCGAUGAUCCCAGGGACAUUAUAACCAGAAGGAAUAAGCUAGAAAUUGAAAUUCUGUGCAAGUACCAGGAAAGAACCAACGUUACACUAGAGUUUGAUACUCACAGACCACCAAUCAUCAUCUCAGAAAAAGGUUUUGGCACAUUCAACUAUCAGUUUGAGUUUUAUGUUUCUGAAAAUUUCCACACCAGCAGAGGCUCAGAAUCUUACCCGCUUGAGUACGACAUGGGCGAUAAGAUCUACAUGAAGAUCGAGCCCGUCACUCCAGUCCUAAACACUGAGAUCUUCCUUGAGUCCUGUGUGGCUACACCUUACGAUAAUCCCAAUUACCCAAUCUCCUAUCCCAUCAUAAAGAACGGAUGCAAUGUGGAUGAAACUGUUCAGUUUUUCUCAAGCCACCAACAAUAUGUCCAGUUUGAAAUGGAGGCCUUCAAAUUCAUUGAGUUCCAUGACCAGCAAAUGGUCUAUUGA